ACUGGCCAAUGGGAGCCUUGGCUGGGUGUUCUGUUUGUUACAAGUUUCAUAUUGCUGGAAGACACAGAGACUGAGAGAGAGAAACAGAGAGUCAGUGUGUGUGUGAGGGAGCGUGGAUGAGGGGGGGAAGAGAGCGAAGAGGGGCGCGACAGAGAAAGACAGAGAGGGAGGAUGCCUGUUUGGAGCAGCAGGCAUCAAGGAGAGAGAGAGAUGGCAUAUUAGACCAUUACCAUGAGCAAAGCCCAGGGCCUCUGCUAAACAGCUUUUCCAUUUCUUAAUAAAAACAUAUUCCACCAAAUGUCUCCUGUCCCUUCCAGAGCCCUGCCAGCUGGUACCUUCACUCCUUCUGCAGCCUGUAGAAAGAAGGGAAGUUUCAUUUUUUUUAAGUGAGGGCCAAAAGACAGAGCGUGGUGGAGGAGGAAGGGGAGGGGCAGUGCAGAAAUCAGGGUAGCUGAAGCUUGGCCGCCUUUAGGAGGUCUGUGUACCUGGGGGGGUGCUUGAAUGCAAGCUAUUCUGAGCGCCUCCAAGCAAAGCUGCAGCCGCAACAGCUCAGCAGAUGUAGAUGUGUGCGGGUGUGCAAGCUUAACCCUUUCUUCGCUCCCUGGAUUUAUACCAUGCUGAAGAUCCUAACCAAAAAGCUCAGGGACCAGAGUUUGAAUGAGAUCCAGCCUUUCCAGCUAAAGAUCUCCUAUCCCCCAAGUGAUGAGGAGGACAGCGAUGACUCGGAGGGAGAGAACCAGGAGCUUGCUCAAAUCGACAGAGAGAGAAGACGGAACUGUGCACUGACCCCUCUUGCGACCAAUCAGCUCCAGAACCAGGAGAAUCAAUGCUGUAAGGUCCGGGCCCUUUUCCAUGCUAGUCUGGAUCGCCACAGCUCAGAAGAGGAAUUGGAGCGCAUCAACCGAGAGUUUGCCACCGAGAAGCGGAAGUGGUCUCAGGUCAGCAGGCUUUCUUGCUGUGGUGACAGCAACAACACAUCCUCCAGUGACGAGGAAGUGAAGAACUUGUGUGGCAUGUCCUUCCGACCCGUAGUGGAACAAGCCGAUGGUCUGCAUGCUAGCCCCAGCCCCGUGCUGUUCAGUGCCUCCCCUCCUAAGAGACUCCAGCCCCUGGUGCGGAACCCAGCCUCCAGGCCUCUGAUAUUCACAAGUGUUGGGGCCGGCUUUGAGCAAGUCAUGCCUUGUAAGAGACACCGACAAGGCUACGGGGACAAAGUCAGCAGACCCAGCCUUGACCUGGAAAAAAUGCAGCAGAUGCUGCUCAAGAAGAACUGUGGAGCAAAGACAAGAGUUAUUAAAAUUCGCAGUGUGAACGGGAGCCGCCCACCAUCCCACUUGGUGUACGACCCAUCAACCUUUGCCUUCCGUUCCCUCAGCACCUUGAAGCCCCUGAGCCCAAUAGCUCCAGUUGAAGAACCGUCAUGUGCCUACUGAAGGAGUUUCUCCGAAACCUCAGGAAUUGUCGUACCACCAAUCCCCCUGGCAGGGAUGGGAUGGAAUGUGGGUGGGACGGGGACAUCUUUGCAAUAGCAAUCUCCGUGGCAGUGGAGAAGCAGGUGGAUUUGCAGCAGGGCCCAGUUUCACAUCAGUCGGAGUGAAAUGAGCAAGUCUGCUUCAUAAGCUACUGUGAAGCCAUGAAGAUGGCGUCAGCCUCACGGACAUGCCAGGUGUAUUUAGCCCUCCAGGGCUAGCAGGCAGUCACUGCUUAGAGGGCAGUGGUGGAGAUCGGGCAGGUUGCUACCACAUGCCCACCAGAACUGAGCAGAUUUCUCCCCAGAUUCUCUGCCUUCUAAUGGUUUGCUGGAGGGCCAGCUGCUUCCCCCAAACUGAAGAGUUCUCAGGGCUGGAGACAGAGGUUGCCUAAGGCCUACAAAGAGAAUGGGCCCCUUCUGCGAGGUUGCUCAUUUGAAAUCCUGCUGCAGUUGACGGGCCCUGGGAAUUGGGGGGGUGGGGAGUGUGCAUGUAGAGCCUGCAGGUGCCUACACUGAUUAUUCUGCUGUUGGGGCAUUGAUCCAAUCUGAAGAUGCUUAAAAUGGGCAGGCAGAGAGCACCAGCGUUAAGGGAAUCCCCAUGGCUUCUGCUGGGCUUUGCGGUGGGAAAUGGAAGAUAUGUCCUCAGCAGUCCAUGGAUACAGUGAGACAUCCGCUUUCAGUCCUCAUGCUACAGGGCUAGAGUGAAAAAACGAGUCGGGUGAGGCGUCCUUGGGUGUCUCCCUGUGACUGGCCCCAGAGAGGGUUGAGUUUGGUGACAUCACCCCACGUUCAGCAGAGUCCAACACGCUCUCUGGGAAGCCUGCUGAACCCUCAUUCUGCCGGUGCCUUGUAGCCUGUGCUGGGGUGAAUGCUGAGCUCACCUGAGUCUGGUCACACCAGCAGAGCAAAUGAUUUCGACAGGCGUGGCAGGUGGUGCGUGUUGGAGGGAGCUCUUGUUGUCAGACUACGGCAGUUUCCAGAGGGUAGGCAUGUCAGAAGGCCUCAUCACCAGUGAGACUUGAACCAGUUUUGAGGUCUCACUGGACAGCCGGGGAGGAGGGGUUUUGCCACGAAAGGUGCAGUUAACGUUGGGCUGCCCUUGUUUCACUUGGCUGAGCUGAGGAGGCCCUGUGCUUGGUGCACUCAGAUCCUGUGUCCCCAUCUGGCGCAGAAGCCCCUGUUCCCUGGAUGCUCCCCCGCUCUGAGCAAGCAUUCUGAGCCUUGGGCAGGUACGAGGGGGCGUAAGCUGCAUGCUUUGCAGGGCUGCAGUAACUUCCUCUCCUUCUCUGGAGUACGAGGGGCCCAGUGGAGGAAUUGUGAAUUUCUGAAAAAUUUCCACGUGCUCUUGUGUGGAGAGCUCUUUGGUGCCCCAUGUAAAAUGAGCUGGUGGGCUCCCAGUCCCACUCUCCUAGGACAGCUCACAUGUCAAACCAGUACUAACUGGCCCCUUUGCUGCGAACCUCAGCAGAGAAGCCAGCUGGGCCACAGAGAUUGAACUCCCUUUCUUUCCUUGCACUUCCGAGUUGGGGCACAUUGGCAGGAGAGGGUAGUGGGGGGGAAUCGUGUCCUGACACUGCCCUUGCUGUGACUAGAAGAUUUCAGGGCCGCAGAUAAAGCCCCUUUCACCAGCAUUAAAUAAAGGGCAUUGGCUUGAUUUAUUCCCUGGGUGCUUUUGUUGGGAAUGAAAGCUCUAGUGGCUUCCGGCAGGGCGUGCUCUUUUCAAAACAGAUGUCGCUCCCAGUUGAUCUUCCUCCCUGCGGGGGGCGGGGGUGAGGGGUUUCUGUUGAUACCCUCUUUUGAUGAUGCACAUGAUCUUUAACUGCCUCCGGAUUAAGCUGGAGCAUUGCACGGUGAGAACUCAUCUCCUGGGGCUGCACCCCUCCAUAUUAAAGAUGAGGGCAGCCAUAUCAUGGCUCCCUUUUCUGCUUAUUCAGUAUGGGCCUCAAAUUUCCAGUGUAGCCUUCAGUUGGGAAAAAUUUGGGUGCCCCCCCAACUCUAAGGCUUCAGUCGGUGCUGCUGGAAUCAGACCCUGAUCGCCCAGCAAGAUGAGGUGUUUUUAUUGGCCCGAGGAGAUGCCGUGUGCUGCCGUCUCUUACGAUAUUCCACGAGGUGGGACUGGACAACAGAAAGUUCCUGUCAAUAUCGUUGCCUUUCUUUAGUACUUUUGUAACUUUUCUCUCUCUUUUCUUUUUAAAUCAGAAGAAAAAUAAAGUUAAAUGUUAACAGCUGCUA